AUGGCGGACUCUGACGAUGAAGAUGACUACAUGUCUAUGGCCAUCGCCGAGCCUGCGCAAGCACUCAAGGAAACCUCUAUCCAGCGGGUCGCUCGCAAAAAGCGCGAGGCUGCGCUCAAAGCUCAAGUUAAAUCGAAGGCGGAGAAAGCUGCGGAUGAAGCAGCCGCACGAGAGGCAGCUCUUGCCACACCGCUCCACGACACGUCUAAUAAGGGAUUCAAAAUGAUGGCCAAGCUGGGGUUCAAACAUGGAGACACCUUGGGCGCUGACAAAGGCGGCCGCGCGGAGCCUAUUCAGGUGGUGCUCAAGGAAGAUAGAGGCGGCAUCGGGCUCGAUACAGAGAAGAAGAGGAAGUUCCGAGAGCAGAUGAACCAUGAAGCAAAGCGCGUCAAAGCGGAGGAAGGGGAAUACCGCGAGCGUGUCAGAUUUGAGAGAGAAGAACUCAAACGCGAAGGCCAGAUCAGGAACGCUCAAAGGGUUGCGGAGGAGCUUGCCUCGAAAGCAAAGGAAGACAGUAGUACACAGCUGGAACCCAAGGUCACAAAGCCCACGCCUAAGAAUGCCCGCCAGCCUCUGAGGAGUAUAAAUGUGCUUUGGCGGGGCUUAGUGCGGCAACGGCUGGUGACUGAUGGGGAGAAGCGAAUGCGGCAUAAUCUAACAUCUGUUCGCUCGUUUCUUCCGACUUACGAAGACCCAGAUCUAGAUCGAGAAGACUUGCUUGCACUUGGCCGAGACGAGAAGGCAGGUGUGUUUAAGGAAGAAGUCGAGGACGAAGUUGAGCAGGAGGACUCUGAACUAGACCAGUUCAAUGCUUUGCCCUCCGAACAGCGAUUGGAGAGACUCGUCAUUUAUAUGCGGCAAGAACAUCGAUACUGCUUCUGGUGUAAGUAUCAGUACUCUGACGAGGCAAUGAGCGACUGCCCUGGGAUCACGGAAGAUGACCACGACUGA